AUGGAAGAGCAACGGUCGAAAUGCCUGCCAUCCACCCGGGUCCUCUCCGCAGUUGGCCAAAGAACCCAAACGAUAUUAACAGCAACAACUAACAAUACGCAUCUUUACUACAUGCAUUCAAUUCAGCUAAUUGUGCUCAUAAUACGGGCAUUAGCGCCACCCCGACCCAUCCCAUCCCGCGAACGCCAAGAUAGUACGAACCUCCAAUCACAGCCUAUCACUCGGCCGGAUCAACCCCCCAUGACGCCAAUAGCCACAACAAGAUAUCGAUAUCAGCUGACGCCCAAACAAACAAACAACAGCGAUACCCAACCACAACCAUGUAUCGAGGCCGAAACACCCCGCGAAAUCCUAUCCUCUUUCAUAGCCCCCAAAGUUUAUAUAUCACUGCACAACUAUAAGGCCUCGGAGUACAAAUACAAAUACAACGCACGGCCUAAACACUCCCCACCAAUAAAUACUGCCUACCCACAAGUACAAUCCAACCACCCCCAAACCACUACCACAAACACUCUCCCCGCCCACUCCCCCGCAACAAGCACCAGCACCAUGUACAUCUCCGCCCCCCUGCACACCCCCUUCCCCCCCUCCUACCCGCACGCCCACGCCCCCGCGCACGUCUCGCUCCGCCGCCGCCUCGUCGCCGCCCUCAAAGAGUUCGCCCAGCGGCGUCUCCCUCCCCGCCUCGCCCGCCUCGUCCCGCGCUCCGGCACAUCCCAUGCUAAUAACAAUGCGUAUUACACCACGCCCGAGGUCCCGCCCGAGAGGGGGAGGGCGGGAGCGCCGGGGACGGAGACGGGGACGGGGCGGCGAGGUUGA